CCGUGAUAAUUUCCAAGGUAACAACAUUCAUCACCAUGAAGCUCUCAUUCUCUCUCCCUCCCAAAUCCAAAGACAGAGUCAGGCUAAAUUCCGACAGGAAAGACGGCGUCGGAGCAGGAAAUCUCAAGGAGUUCGUCACUGAAUUCGAUCCUUCCGAAACCCUAACCGACUCCAAACCGAAAUACGUUAUACCUCCCAUUGAGGAUCGUCGGAGACCCUACAAGAACAUCGAUCUCCCGCUUCCAUCCGCUUCUGGUCUCCAAUUCGAGGCCGAGAUCUCCUCUGGCGAUGGUCAUGUCUCUGAUAACAUUACGUACGGUCUGAAUCUGCGUCAGAAAGUCGAGGACGAGAAGCCAGAGCCUGUGGAGAAGUUGUUACUGAAAAGCAUGAGGAAAGAUUUGGAGUCACUCCCUGAUGCUCCGGAAUUAGAGGAUUUCGAGAGCUUUCCUGUGGAUGGCUUUGGAGAGGCGUUACUGGCUGGGUACGGGUGGAAACCAGGCCAGGGGAUUGGUCUAAAAGCUAAAGAAGAUGUUAAGAUUGUUGAGUACAAGAAGUGGUCUGGUAAUGAAGGAUUUGGCUUCAAUAUGGUUAAAGCGAAAGAAAGUGGUAAAUCCGUGAAACCGAUAAAGAUUAUAGAUAAUAAACUUGGUUCUGGAAGCCAUGAGGAAGUGAAAGUAGGUAUCAACAAGAUAGAAAAUGUGGAGAAAUAUAGAGUAGUGAGUAAACGUAGUAGAGAAACAGAGGGACAGAGUCGCACUGAAGAUAGAGCCUGUAAGCAGAACUAUAGAGGUCAAACUAGAGAGAAGGCCUCAUGGCUUAGGAGUCAAAUAAGGGUGAGAAUAAUAAGCAAGGAUGUGAGAGGUGGGAGAUUGUAUCUUAAAAAGGCAGUGGUGACCGAUGUUGUUGGUCCAACAAGUUGUGAUAUUGCUAUGGAUGAGACGCAGGAGUUGGUUCAAGGGAUUGAUCAGGAGUUGCUUGAGACUGCAUUGCCCAGGCGAGGUGGGUCUGUGUUGGUUCUGUCUGGUAGACAUAAGGGUGUGUAUGGGAGACUGGUUGAGAAAGAUUUGGAUAAGGAAACUGGUGUGGUUUGCGAUGCAGAUAGCCAGGAGAUGCUUCAUGUUAAACUUGACCAAGUCGCCGAGUACAUUGGUGAUCCUGCUGAUAUUGGGUACUGAGCCAUAUUUAACUCCAAAAAUCAGGUGUCAAGACUACAUUGUUAGCAUUCAAUUGGCUGUGUAGAGUAGACUUUUGAAUCUGCCAAGUUAUAAAAGACCAGACUUUAA